GUUGGGGCAUAUAGUUCUUCUCUGCAUCUAUGUUCCGCGGUUAUGUUACUUUUAUUUCUAUCAAUACAAACUUAAUGGUUUAUUUUGAUAUAACUCAAUCACUGCUUUCCUGGAGAAUCUUGCUGAAUGAAUAGUUUCUUUGAUAUGUCAAUGACUGAGGUAUAUUGUCUUACCAAUUUGGUAAUCAUAUUUCUUUGAAUCCUUAAUAGAUAAAACCUUUUCAUAUGCCAAAGAUCAUGUUUAUAGAGUACUUAUUACAUAGGCCUCUAUCUCCUGAGAGGGUAUGCCUUGCAUGUCCCAUGAUUUGUUAUCCUUUUAAUGGAAAGUUACUUAUGCCAAAAGGAGUUUAAUUAUCAAAAUCUAUUGCGACUUCUCAGAUGGGAGAUAUAAUAUUACGAAUGACCCAGAAUAAAGAUGGGGAAAACGAAGAUUUAGAGUGGAUGGCUAUGGUCAUUCCAAUAGGCUGGUUUCUGCUUAGAUCUCCAAGGCAGUGAGUGGUAGAGUCUUGGUACACAAUGCGAGCCCAUAAUGUUCCUUAUUGGUGCUGUUUUUCAGAGGUCAGCGAAUAUUGGAGUAUUUAUAUGCUUAAAAUGCUGUGGUGUGCACAGAAGUCUUGGAACACACAUCUCAAAGGUUUUGUCCGUGACAUUGGAUGAGUGGACUGAUGAUGAAAUUAACUCUAUGAUUGAGGUUGGUGGGAAUUCUUCCGCUAAUGAAAUCUAUGAAGCUUUUAUUCCGGAAGGAUUCUCGAAGCCCGGACCAGAUUCUAGUCAUGAGGAACGUAUGAAGUUCAUCAGGUCUAAAUACGAACUUCAGGAAUUUCUGAAACAUAGUCUGCGGAUUGUCUCAGUUUCUGGAAGGAGUUCUCUUCAAUCUAGCCUUUCUCAAAAGAUAUUGGAUAGCUUUGGAAGCUCAAACUCAUCAAGUAAAAUGGAGGGCAUGGUGGAAUUUAUAGGAAUUCUAAAAGUUAAAGUUAUAAAAGGCACAAAUUUGGCUGUCAGAGAUCUACUAACAAGUGAUCCUUACGUUGUCCUCACUCUUGGACAGCAGACAGUCCAGACACAAGUGAAAAAGAGCAAUUUGAAUCCAGUGUGGAAUGAGGAGCUCAUGCUUUCAGUUCCUCAAAACUUUGGGGCUCUGAAGCUGAAAGUAUAUGAUCACGACACUUUUUCAGCUGAUGACAUAAUGGGGGAAGCCGAGGUUGACCUUCAGCCACUGAUCACCUCUGCAAUGGCAUUUGAAGAUUCAACCAUGUUUGCAAACAUGCAGAUUGGAAAGUGGUUGAAAUCAUAUGACAAUGCUCUUAUCGAAGACAGCAUCAUCAACAUCGUGGAUGGGAAAGUGAAACAAGAGGUGUUGCUGAAGCUUCAGAAUGUGGAAUCUGGAGACGUAGAAUUAGAACUUGAAUGGAUACCUCUAGACCAAUAGUUUUGUCAAGAUUUUUCUUCCACAUUACUGUUUAUAAAUCUCUGAUGUAGUAAUUGCAUUGUAUGAUUUUAUCUUAAUAAAGCCUUUUUUUUAUUGUGUA